AUGGCAGCGACCAUGUGUAGUGGUCUUGUCAAUUUGAACAAACUGUUUAUAAGGAAAAGAUCAUCUAUGAAGGCACUGUUGAUUAAAAGUUCUAGUGCAUAUGAUUUGAAAACAGCUAAUCACCAAAAUGAUGUGUGGAAAAAAAGACAGGAUGUUGUUAAAGAUGAAGUGGACAUACAAGGAAAACAAAAGACAAACACUGCUAUAUCAAACAAAAUUCAACAACCAUGUCGGGAAAAGGAAAUAUCGAAAGAAAUGCAUGGAAAUGAAAUGUCAUAUAGGGAAAUGAUUAAAAACAGAAUAAUGACUGCAGAGGAACGAUAUGCAAUAUCACAUAGUGAACUCCGUAAGGUGGACAAAAAAUUACUGAGAAAUGUGGACAGAGUUUUUGAAAAUAACUCAUAUGUGAUACUGAAAGGUAGAAACGAAAUGGGAUGCCAAUGGCUUUCUAAGAAAGGCAGAUUUACUGGUUUGCUAAAGGUUGGAAAUUUGCCUCAUUAUAGAGUGUUCACGCGUCUGAGGCAAAUGAAAAAUGUAAAUCUACAACUGGAAAUUCUAGACAGUUCACUGAAACAAGAAGUUGGUGAUCAUAUCCUCUACUUUAUGGUUUUCAAUGAGGUCCAUAAGACAUUGAAGAAGAAUUACCCUCAGCUUUUAGUAGAUAUACAUGGAUCGUCCGUCACUAACCUCGGACUUAAGGGUGCUGAUUUGGAUAUCACUUUGUUAACUGACCAGACAAAUAUGUGUUACAAGCUCGCAACACAACUGAGGAAUGUCAGAUCACUCCACGUGGAACUUUAUCUACCCCAUGCUAGAAUGCCAAUCCUCAAGGUUCUACACCUUGCCUCAAACAUCAGUUGUGACAUUUCCAUCCAUGAAACUUUUAGACAAGAGAACAAUGAUCCUACAGCCAACUCCGAGAUGUUAUAUUCUAUGAGUUUAUUGGAUGAUCGAUUCUGCUCCCUCGUGCGAAUCAUCAAAUUUUGGGCAUCUUCUAAUGAUCUGUGUAGAGAAGGACUUAACCCCUUACCUCAUGGUACCACCUGGACAUUAUUGACACUGUUUUAUUUACAACAAAGGAAAACGCUUCCUGCAGCGAAACAUCUGUAUCAUAAGUGGUAUCUUGAUGAACCAGUCUCUCCUACUCCAGACAAUAUCAACUCUUUUCCAGGAAGAGACAAAAUAAGGAAAUUACCUGACAUUUCCAAAGAGUUGGUGGUAAAUGAUUCAUCACUAGUCGAGCUACUGAAAGGGUUCUGUGAUUACUACAUAAAUUUUAAGUUCCAUGAACAAUGGAUUUCUGUGUAUGAUGGCAGAUGCUACUGGCGAGUACCGGGAAGUGAGCAUAACAGUUCAGCAAUGGUGAUUCCACUAGAAUUAAAACAUUGUUGUCACCAGAAUGUAGCGAAAAAUGUGAAGCCUUUAGUGAUACAAAAAAUGAAGAGAGAACUGCUGAAAUUACGUGAGGCAUUAAAUAGCAAUGAUUUGAUGCUGGCAAUGGAUUCACCAAAACAGCAAAAUAAGAGAAAACGUGACUGGAAACAGGAAAAAGUAGCUCUACAAAAGUGGAUUGUUUAGUAUCUUGUGACAGAUUUCUUUUUAUGUAAGAAAUAAUCCUUAUCUUUGUGCCCAGGGAAAUUUUUUAUCACAGAUUUGAAAUAAUUCGAACACUAUUGAUGUGGGACCUGCAGCUUUGGACACAACUAAAUACAUUUGUCAGUGUGAAAUAUUCUGCCCAAAUGAACCUGAAUGAAUCUUAACAACACACUUACUAUUGUACAUGUUAAACUUUGAGAGAUUAAAAGAUCCUCAUGAAUUUUGAUUACCUAAGGUAGAUCAUGUCAAUUUGUAUUUUUUAACCAAUCAGAGCAGUACUUUUUAGUCACUGCAUUGAAAUUUUCCCAUUCAAAGGUAAAUGGGUCAAUGAUUGAAUAAGUUGGUUUUCCUUCCAGUUUUUUUUGUGUAUCUCCAAUGGUGUCUUUUAUUUGGUAUUGUUAUAGGUGACUUACUCUAGGGAACAGCUGACAAUUUUGAAAACCAUGCAAAGUGGCCAAACCAAAACGGUGUCAUCUUGCCAAAUAGUCCAGUAUGCAAGAUCAAUUCACUCAUAUGACAGUUUUCUUUUUACUGUCAUAUUUGUGAAAUAUAUACAUUAAACUGGAAACAAUCAAAUGUCCUCUUUAUGUAUUUUCACAGCAGAGGUGUUAAACAAUGUAACAAGUCUUGCAUCAUCACAAAUGAUUUGAGUUUGAAUCUUGACCAAUCAGAAAUGUUCCCUUUAUUUGCUGCAUUUGAAAUCUGCAAAAAUCUUCCAUUCAGAAGGAGAAACAAGAUUGAGGUAUACUGAGCCUUUUUUUUUUUUAUUUCUGACUUUCUUACUGUACUUUAAGCAGACUUUAUUAGAUAAAAGCAUAACGUAACAGCUCUUUCAAAAUGGUACUGUCUUGUUAUCAAGAGUAUGUGACGUUGAAGAGUACACUAUAUAUUCACUGUGAAUGGAUUAUUUCUUUAGGUUUCUGGCUUUACCAGAAGUUUGGUAGACUCUUGUAAGAACCUGUCUGUUACAUAUGAUCAUGAUCGUAUCAGAUGAAAUUCUCGAUCUUUUUGUGGUAUGUUUAAACAAUAGUUUUCAACCAAUUUCUUGGUAGACUUGAAAACCACAACAUGAAAUUGUGUUUUCAUGGAUAGUAUUUUGAUUCAGCAAUAUUUUAAUAAGUUA